CUUUACGUCCACGUGAACAGAUUCCCAUGACUCUUCCCAGCUAGCGACCAUUCCUAACUAUAUAAAUGUAAGCCUUCCGCUUAUAGUAAUGUCUAGAUCGAUUUCUCCUUCUAAGUGUGAGAGAAGGAAAUCAGAAGAAAAGAGGGAUUUCAAAGCUUAAUAAUUUUCUGUCUCAAAUAUUAGAGAUCAAAAUGUACAGAGACAUAUUUAUGUAUAUAUAAUAAAGACAUUCCUACCCGGGUUCACUUCCACUUUUCUGGUUUAGAGCUUCAACUAUUCUGAAUUUGUUUACACUCUCUAUAUAUAAAUGUUGGUGCUUUUAUCUCUAUGCUUCAGUAACUCAUUCAUCUUCUUUGGCUGGGAAUAUGUCUCCAGGAUUUUCCCUGAAUUUGAGAGUUGCCAAUGAAGCUUGUUGAUCAAGAAUAAGCAAACAAACUCUUUGGUGAGAUUAUUAUUACAGCCAUGGCAUGUACAUCAUUUAAUGUUCCCACCUCUCCAAGGAAAGGAGGCACCUUCAAAGACCAUAUGAUCAAUGGCCUCAGGAGGUCUGAAUCAAGCAAAGAUCUUCAAAGUAGAGCCAUGUUGAGAAAGUCUUAUUCAGAUAACAAUUUAGUCUGCUGCAUCAGUAACAAGAUUCAUGCUUCACCACCAACUCAACCAAAACUGAAGAACAGUCGUUCAAUGGGAAUUUUCCCAUUUCAGUUUUCGGGUUCAAUUCUCCCAAACUCGCUUCGGUCGUUUCUGUUUGAUCCGGAAACAAGCAAAGAUAUGAGUAUGGUAGAUAAAGAAACAACUAUGACUGCAGAGGAUGAGAGCAUUGAGGAGACAAGUAGUAGUGAUCAUGUCAUUAGUGAAGAAGAACAAGAACAAGAAAUCAAGAGAGCUAAUUGGGUGGAAAGACUAAUGGAGAUUAGAAGUCAUUGGGUUAAAAAUAAUGAGGAAAUUGAUGAAGGUAAUGACAGGGUUUGUGAUGAUUAUGAUAAGGAGGAAAUUGAUCAUCAUGAUUGUGGUUGUGAUGGAGAAGAUGAUAAUGGUUGUUUGGUAAGUUAUAGUUCAGAUGAAGAAGAUGAAGAACAUGGAGAAAAGAUAUUGGAUCAAGAAUCUUUUAAAAGGUUUCUGGUUAGAGUACCAUGGUCUGCUACUAAGCUACUUUCUCAGCUAGCUUUCUUGUGCAACAUAGCUUAUGUAAUACCAGAUAUAAAGGCAAAGGAUUUAAAAAGGUAUUUUGGCCUACAAUUUGUGACAUCUUCUUUAGAAAAGAAGGCUGAGGCCGCAGCAGUAAAAGCUAGGCUAGACCAAGACUCUACUCAGGUACCUGGAUCUUCUUCCUCAGAUGAUAGAAAAGUUAGUGUUUCAGCUAAUGAAGCUGUGGAUUCAGAGCAAAAACGUCCAAUCCGUGCUUCUGUAGCAUAUGAUAUCGCAGCCUCAGCAGCGUCUUAUGUACAAUCCAAAGCCAAAAACAUGUUUUCAGUCGCCUCGGAAUCAAAGCUAGAGGGUUCAUGCGAUAAUGAUAAAGAACAAGCGGUGGCAGAGGAAGUAGAAAGUUUGCCGUCGUCUCGCAUCUAUAAAUCCGAAGUUGCAGCAUAUAUGGCAGCAUCAACUAUGACAGCAGUGGUUGCUGCUGGUGAAAAGGAAAAGCUAGAGGCUGCUAAGGAUCUACAGUCACUUCACUCUUCACCUUGUGAAUGGUUUGUCUGUGAUGAUUCCAGUACUUACACACGUUGCUUUGUAAUUCAGGGCUCUGAUUCCCUAGCAUCUUGGCAGGCAAACCUUUUCUUUGAACCUACAAAGUUUGAGGAAUCGGAUAGUCUUGUUCAUAGAGGGAUUUAUGAAGCUGCAAAGGGAAUUUAUAUGCAAUUCAUGCCUGAAAUAACUGAACACUUGAAUAAGUAUGGGGAGAGGGCAAAGCUGCAGUUCACUGGACAUUCUCUUGGGGGAAGCCUAUGUCUCUUAGUUCACUUGAUGCUUUUAAGCAGGAAGGUUGUCAAGCCCUCUGCUCUCCGACCGGUCGUUACAUUUGGCUCGCCAUCGGUGUUUUGUGGUGGCCAAAAGAUACUUGAUGAAUUGGGGUUGGAUGAAAGCCAAAUCCAUUGUGUCAUGAUGCAUAGAGAUAUUGUCCCAAGAGCUUUCUCAUGCAACUACCCCAAUCAUGUUGCCAAUGUCCUCAAACGUCUAAAUGGCUCCUUUAAGUCUCAUCCUUGUCUAAUUCAAAAUAAACUGUUGUACUCUCCAAUGGGCAAACUCUUUAUUCUCCAACCAGAUGAAAGGUCAUCGCCUCCACACCCUCUACUGCCUCCGGGUUGUGCGCUAUAUUUCUUGGACAAAACCCAACGAGGAUUCUCUUCAAGAGUUUUAAGGGCCUUCCUUAACAACCCUCACCCUUUAGAAACCUUAAGUGAUCCUACAGCUUAUGGUUCUGAAGGCACAAUUCUAAGAGACCACGAUUCGAGUAACUACCUAAAGGCGGUAAAUGGGGUGUUAAGGCAACACACUAAGAUGGUUGUUCGGAAAGUGAGAAAGGAGAGGAAUCUUUUGUGGCCAUUACUCACUUCACCAUCUCCACACUCUUGGAGCCAUGAAAGUAACAAUAUGGAGAAUAGGUUGAAAAAGGAGAUCAUGUCCGGAGUUUGAAUUUGGAGCUUAGUAUUUAUCUGUUAGCUUUGUGUUGUGUACAUCUUUUCCCAUAUGAAAAUAUAUCUAAAUACACUUAUAUAUGUAUCUAUGUUAGAUUUCACUAACACUUGUUAAUACUUCCUAACACAAUAAUAUAUAUUCUACUAGUACUACUUUUUGUGCA